UGUAUUUCAAGCUCAUGGUGUACGAUUAUUGGAGCCGAAACGGAGUGCCGUACGUCAAAGGGGCCAUUCCGUUCAUCGGGGAGAUAGAUAAUAAAGGCAAGUUACCACAAAAUGAGGGAGCACUGGUUUUUCGGGCUUCAUCUGUUCAACGAGCCGUUGAUCGUGAUAAACGACCCGGAGCUCGUCAAACUCGUGCCGAUCAAGAAUUUUUCGAGCUUCCGCGACCUGGGCAGCUACAACAACGAGCACAAGGACCCCCUGUCGGCCAAUCUCGCGCGGCUCUGCGGCGACAAGUGGCGGAGCCUCAGGACAAAGCUGUCCCCGGCCUUCACCUCCGGCAAGCUCAAGCAAAUGUACCCUCUCCUCGAGGAAAUCAGCCGCGAGCUCGUUCGAGCCGUCGACGACUCCCUCUCGACUUCGGACCUCGUCGGCAUGAAGGACCUGGUGUCGAGGUUCACCAUAGACUGCAUCUCGUCGAUCGCCUUUGGGUUGAACUGCAACAGUUUGGGCAGGGGCGAGGAUGAGCAGGAGGUGUACAGGCACGGCAAGAUGAGCAACGACUUUGGCAAGAUGUUCGUCCUGUUGACGUUUUACGUGCCGAGUUUGGUCAAGUUUUGCCCGGUGCCGCCAGCCAAGAGGAAGGAGGUUCACAAUAAAAUGGUGGCGCGCCGGAGAACCGAAAAUCUCGCGAGGAAGGACGUUCUCGACAUGCUCGUGCAACUCAUGGACCAAGGUCGGAUCGAGCUGGACGACGAGGAAUCGUGCACCAGAGACGCGGAUUUCAAGCAAAAAGAAACGCUGAGGAAGCAGCCGGGCGCUGCGUUACUGAACCGCGUCUGCGCCGAGGACUUUGACAUACCGGGCUCGAACUACCGCGUGCCCCGAGGCAUGAUGCUCGUCAUACCGAUCAACGGGCUGCACUCGGAUCCCGAGAAAUUCGAUCCCACCCGCUUCACCCCCGAGAACACGGCCAACCGGCACAACUUUACUUACCUGCCCUUUGGUGAGGGACCCAGGAUAUGCAUCGGCAAGCGACUCGGGAUACUCAAGCCAAAGAUCGCGCUGUGCUACCUACUUCGGGAGUUCAGGUUCUCGCCGAGCAAGUACACGCGGACCCCCUUGACGUACAUGAACAAUUUUUUCAUCCAAGUGCCGUCCGGAGGUGUUUACUCGAAAGUCGAGAUAAGACGUCACCGCUCAAGAUGCGCCCGUAUCAUCAUAUCAUAUACAUGUAACAUCGGUAGCGGCGGUGGUCAUCGCACCGGUCCGGUGGUGAGGAUUCAAGCUCCGAUGCCGACGGCCCACGGCAACGGUGGCUUCGAGUGCUGCUUCGUGCGCUUCUGCACGUGCGUCCACGUCGAGUUUAUCAAAAGCCUGCCCGGCGUUUUCAAGGGCCUCGAAACACUGUUGAGCGGUAUGAUCCAGAGUUUGCUGAUAAACUACGGGCUGAGGUACAGCGCGACGAUCGGCACGGCAUUCGAGGGCUCCCUGACCACAUCGUCGGCCUGUUUCUUCACCUCGGCGAUGCUCCUCGUCUGUUACAUCGUAUCCGAAAAAUCGUACAGGCUGAUCCGCGCCUCCCUGUUUGAAAUGAUGUUCAACGCGCUGGCCUGCUUCCUCUAUCUUACCUCCGCGGCUUACCUCGCCAUCGCGACGAAGCUCUUUCUCUGGCCGAUCUACUCUUUCACCGCGGGCUUCGACGUUUACCCGGCCAUGACUGCCGCCUACACGCUGAGCUGUGCCGCUGGGCUUUUGCACGGCGUGGACGCUUACUACUGCCUCAGCGAGUUCAGGGGACAAAGAUAACGAAAUCUCGACAAAGCCGUGCAUCCAUCCGGUACAUUGUGUUUUUGUUCCUCCUAUCGUUCGUGGCCACACGCGUGUAUACAUAUAUAUAUAUU